UUUGAGUCUUUCCCGAAGGGUUGAUCAGACGCUUCCAUUGUAAAUUGAGAUUCGUCUGAGAAGAUUUCGACUAGAAACAGAAAUGACAUCCGCCAGCAGGCGCCUCGAGGAUGAGGUGACGUGCUCUAUAUGUAUAGAGCACUUCAACGAUCCUAGAGUGCUCCCUUGCUUGCACUCAUUUUGUCGGCACUGCCUGGAAGAGCUGGCAGUGCACUCUGAAGGGAGAGGAAAACUUGUGUGCCCCCUCUGUAAGGCGGAAUUCCAGAUUUCCCCAGCAGAUGUUCCGAGUUUAAAGGUGAAUUUCAUGAUCAACAGUAUUAUCUCUGUUCUUCCUUUGUUGACAUCUGAAGACUCCAAGAAGAAACCAGCUUGUGAAUCGUGUGAUAGUGGUGAGCCUGCCCAAGGGAGAUGUAACGAGUGCGAUCACUUUGUCUGUGAGCAGUGCAUCUCGGCUCAUAAGAGAUUUCAACCAGUGCAACAUCACACUAUCCUCAGUCUUGAUGAGAUCAAAAGCGGAAAGUUACUUGCAAUGAGCAAGGCUUCCUUCUGCACCAAACACAAGGGUGAAAAGCUGAAACUGUUUUGCGAAUCUUGUAAGGAAGUGAUUUGCCGAGAUUGCACCGUCGUUGAUCAUAAAAAUCACGAUUACUUUUUCACAAGUGAUGUAAUCGCUCGAGAGAAAGACGAAAUAUUGGGAAGAGCAAAAAAAGUUGCAUCAAAACUCACCGAUAUUGAACAGGCGAUGGCAUUGGUAGAAGAGGCUCAACAUCAUCUCGAGGAAAAUAAACGUGCGACCAGAAGGGAUCUGGAUGCGUUCAUUGAUAAGCAGAUAGGUACUCUUGAGAAGAUGCGAUCAGAUCUUAGAGGGGAGAUCGAGUCAGCUUGUCAAAAGCAAGAGAAGCAGCUGACUGCCCAGAGAGAGACUCUAUCCAUGAGACUUGCAAGUGCUCGUAGCAGUUUGGAGUUUGCUGAGAGAAUGUGCAGGGAUGCAAAUGAUGUGGAUGUCUUGUCCAUCAGGAAUGAAGUGCUAUCCCAGCUAUCGAGUCUUGCAGAGAAACCCGUGGAUCAGCCUUGUACGGAGGUUGGAGUUCGUCUUGUAGUGGAUGAGAAGUAUUGGGAUACUUUGUCAAAGAAGAUUUCUGUUGGUGAAUCUGAGCAAACAGGUCUUGAGCAGUCCGCCAUCCUCAGCGGCAAAGGUCCAGAGUACCUCCGAGAUCUCUUGGGAUUCCUGAAGCCCGUGCAGCAAAGUCCCAAGAGUCGCUGGGUCAGAUGUUUCUCAGCAAAGAGAGAUGGCUGGGCUGCCAGGACCUUCCAUGAACAAUGCAAUGGCAAAGCGCCGAACAUCGUACUCGUUAGUGUUGGAGGAAGAUACGUGUUUGGUGGCUACUCUGACGUAGCGUGGACAAGAAAAUGUUUUUACAUAAUUACAAGAUUUUUCCUUGGACAACCCUUAAAGUAGGUGUUACUAAAAUCGAGAAAUUAAACAGAAACUCUGGA